GAAAAAAAUUACAUCAAAACUCACUAUAAAGAAAGCACUCAUAAGCGAAGUGUUUGAACUCAUAAGGGCAGCCAUGGCUUAUACCAAGAAGGUUGUUGAGGAGGUUUCCGGCUGGCUUAGGGUUUUCCAUGACGGCACGGUUGACCGCAAGUGGACCGGACCCCCAGAACUCGAGUUCAUGGUGAAACCAGUCCCUCCUCACGAAGAAUUCAUUGAUGGGGUCGCAAUUCGCGACGUAACAAUUGAUCCAAACAGCGGCCUUGCAGUCCGGAUAUAUGUCCCAGAGAGGAAUAGUGAUAUCCCGGAUGAGAAUAAGCUACCCCUGUUUCUCCAUUUCCAUGGUGGUGGCUUUUGCAUUACUCAAGCCGAUUGGUAUUUGUACUACCAUUUCUACACUAGGCUUGUGCGAUCGGCUCAAGCCGUUUGUGUGUCAGUCUAUCUUCGGCUUGGUCCUGAGAACCGAGUCCCAGCUGCAUGUGAUGACGCCUACUCAGCUUACCUAUGGCUUUGUGCUGUUGCUGAAGGCAACUCAUCCGAGCCAUGGCUUGAGAGUUACGCUAAUUUUAGUCGUAUUUUUCUAGUGGGUGAUAGCACGGGUGGAAAUCUAGUGCAUGAAGUAGCAGCCCGAGUUGGAGCUAGAGUCGGAGCCAUUGACUCCAAGCCGACUAAGAUAGCUGGUGGGAUAGCAAUACACCCCGGCUUCAUCCGAGCCAAGCCAAGUAAAUCUUUUUUGGACUUACCCGAUUCACCAAUGUUAACAAGUGAGAUGAUAAAUAAAUUUUUGACUUUGGGAUUACCAAUUGGUAGCACUAAAGACCACCCGAUUACGUGCCCAAUGGGUCCGGCGGCACCACCACUAGCGGGGUUGAAGCUGCCGCCAAUGAUGGUGGUGGUGGCAGAGAUGGACUUGCUUCGGGACUCGGAAUUGGAGUAUGGUGAGGAAAUGAAAAAGGCAGGAAAGGAAGUGAAGAUUUUGUUUGAAGAAGGAAUGGGACAUAGCUACUAUUUGAACAAGAUAGCCGUUGAUGUUGACCCCAAGACGAGAACUAGUGUUGAUCGUCUGAUUGGGGAGAUCAUAGAUUUCAUCAACAAGCUUUGAGAUUUCUCACUAAACAAUAAUACAAUACAUAAUACUUAUGUGUUUUGUACGUGUAUGUUUUAUUUACCAUGUUUUGGGGCAGCUUUAAUUGAUGUAGUUCACUUUUUAAUUUGGGAAAUUUUAGUAUAUGUCCCUUUGAAAAGGGUGGACUAUUU